AAAACUGGUUGUGCUUCACAAAUUAUGAACAUGACCGAGUUCUCCCUCAACAAGAGCAUGUACGAUGACAGUUUUGAUGUGAACGCUGAAAUAGAAGAGUAUGGCACAGGGGUCGUUCUCAAAGGCAGCGGGCGGACCAGCUUCAGCAGCCACAUCAGAACCGUCACCUUCGAGGACGUACCUGCAGCGUACAAACCUGGCAUUCCCUUUGAGGGGAAGGUGAAAGUGGUCGGUCCAGACAAUAAACCUGUCGCCAACGAGCCAGUGUACCUGCUUGCUGGCGAGUCACAAAACGCGACCCUCACUACGAACAGCAUAGGCAUGGCUUCGUUUUCUCUGGACACCUCCCUCUGGAAGGACUCCGUGAAUCUGAAG